CUUUCUUCGUUGCAGUUGUAUAAGUGUAAGACAAACCUUAGCUGGCAUGCAUGUUGUCAUAACUUACUCUUCCACUAGGAAAAAGUUAAAAUAUGAAAGCUGUUCACUUUUGCUUCUGUAUUCUCAUCAUCAAAGUGCAUUAAGUAUCCUCAAGGUAACAUGCAUCACCCCGCUUCCAAAACUUAUGUUUGUUUUCUUCGGAGUUUUAUGUUCCUGAAAGUUCAAGUUAUUCCUGUGGUAGUAUAAAAAAGUUUAUUUAGUAAAAGUAGAGUCAAACUUAAUCCCAGAAUUAUCUUUUUCAAUUGAUGUUUUAAAUUUUAACUUUAUAUAUGUAUAACCACAGAGGUGAGAUGGUUCAAAGGGCAUGCAGAACACCAACAAGCAUUAGAAGAAGAAAAGUAAGAAAGAUGUGUAGAGGAGCAAAGAGAACCAGACAGAGGUGGUCUUCUUUUUCUGUUGUGGUGUUAGGGAGAAGGCAGUGUCUUUCCAACAAGUAUGUUUGUGUUAAAUAUGUCAGAGUUAAUCCAUACAAAUCCAUUAUAUGUGACUGUUAAGACUGAUUUUUAGUUCGGCUGUUGAAAGCAAAAGUCCAUUUCUGGUAGGCUGAAUAACUAAGCCAUUAUUAAAUGUCACCUGCCAGAAUUCCAAGGUAGCAGUGCUAUACCAUAGUGUUUUUACAGCCUUGUGUUACACCCAAGAUGUUAAUGUUUCUCCAGAAUUUAGAGUGAAGCCAUGGUAGCUGUUCUGUACAAACACCACCAAAGAUCCUUCUUUUAGGAGUGAUAAAAUAGCAACUCCACAGCUAGGUUAAUGUUAUUACCUGUUUGGAGUUUAAUUUUUUGUUUUCCUUAUUCUGAUUUAGAAUCAGAUGCUGCUAUUACAAUGGUUUCCUUUAAAAAAUACCUUUAGGGACAAAGUUAAGUAGUAAGAUUUUUUUUUUCUCCUUCCUUAUUAAUUAUUUUUCUGUGAAAGUCAGGGUGCUCAAUACAUGAUUGAGUUAGUAUUUAUAGGUUCCUGUUAAACCCAACAAAGUUACUUCUGUUCUUGGAUCAAUUAGGCUAAGAUUAAUAAUGGCCCCUUCUAGCAUCACAUUUUAAGUUAUGGUGUAUCUUGUGGAAACAAAUAGACAAGAAAUAGAAUUAUGGUGCUCUUUACUGUUUUAUGUUUAAUUUCUUUGGUUUGUCUUUAAUACUGCUUUAGAUGAGAUGCUGUUGUUCAGGGAUUUAAAAAUGACAUUAUUAAGCAUUUGAAGGAUUUCUGAAUGUAGGACUUUUGGGGCCGGGUCCAAGCUUCUGUUUAAGUAAUAGCCUUAAUGAUUUGAAUCACUUGCUUUGUACUUUCUUCUGUGGUUGAGAGAAGACUGUAUCUUGUAGGUCCUUCCUAUCCUGCAGCUGGAUCAAGCACACAUGUUCACCGAGUGCUUUAUUCCAGGUGCAGUUAAGAGUCAGCUGAAUUAGUUCUAGUGGUAGCAACUUGCUUCUGGUGCUUCUCACACCCAGGAGGGUUACUAACAAGUCCUCCUGGUAGGUGAUUAGCACAUGUGCAAUAACCUGAUGGUUCCAGGAAGUAGGGUGAUUGCUGUGUGCCUGUGUUCAGAGCCGCUGCCUAUGUGUAUGCAGAGCAUGUAGGAUGCCUCCCAGGCACAGUGAAUGCAGAGAACAAGUAGCUGCUGUGAUACAGAACUGCGGGACAGCUGACUGGAGAGCUCUUGGUUUGCCUAUGGGAAGCUUAACAAAUGGCGGCACAGUGUGUGACAAAGGUGGAGCUGACUAUUGCCUGCACCAAUCUCUUGGAUAAAGAUGUUGGCUCCAAGUCAGACCCACUAUGUGUGCUUCUCCAGAACACGAGUGGUCAGCAGUGGUAUGAGGUUGAUCGCACAGAAAGAGUUAAGAAUUCCUUGAACCCAAAGUUUGCCAAGAAAUUUCUAAUUGAUUAUUAUUUUGAGCUUGUUCAGAAACUUAAAUUUGGAAUAUAUGACAUCGAUAACAAAACCUUUGAUCUGAAUGAUGAUGACUUCUUAGGAGAAUUUGAAUGUACACUGGGGCAAAUAGUUUCUAGCAGGACUCUAACAAAACCAUUAGUACUUAAAAAUGGCAGACCUGCUGGAAGAGGAAGUAUUAUGGUUACAGCAGAAGAAGUGAAGGAUAACAGAAUGGUUGUAUUGGAAGUAGAAGCAAGGAAACUGGACAAUAAGGAUUUUUUUGGAAAGUCAGAUCCUUAUCUGGAAUUCCACAAGCAGACUGGAGAUGGAAACUGGGUGAUGGUUCACAGAACAGAGGUCAUUAAAAACAACCUGAAUCCUGUUUGGAGGCCCUUUAAAAUCUCUCUCAAUUCUCUGUGUUACAGUGACAUGGAUAAGUCAAUCAAGGUUGAGUGUUAUGACUAUGAUAGUGAUGGGUCUCAUGAUCUCAUAGGAAGUUUCCAAACUACGAUGUCGAAACUGAAGGAAGCAUCUCGGUCCUCGCCUGUUGAAUUUGAGUGCAUCAAUGAAAAGAAAAGACAGAAGAAAAAAACCUAUAAAAACUCUGGCAUUGUGAGCGUUAAGCACUGUGAGAUCAUAGUAGAAUGCACAUUCCUUGAUUACAUCAUGGGUGGGUGUCAGCUGAAUUUCACAGUGGGGAUAGAUUUUACAGGCUCCAAUGGAGACCCUCGCUCUCCAGACUCUCUGCAUUACCUUAGCCCUAAUGGAGUUAAUGAAUACCUAACAGCCAUUUGGUCUGUUGGAAUGGUCAUUCAAGAUUAUGAUACAGAUAAGAUGUUUCCAGCUUUUGGAUUUGGUGCACAAAUUCCUCCUUCCUUUCAGGUGUCACAUGAGUUCCCAUUGAAUUUUAACCCAUCAAACCCAUUCUGUAAUGGAAUCCAGGGCAUUGUUGACGCAUAUCGGGCUUGUCUUCCUCAAGUGAGGUUAUAUGGGCCAACAAAUUUUUCUCCAAUUAUAAACCAUGUGGCAAGAUUUGCUGCUGCAGCUACACAACAGAAAAUGGCAUCUCAAUACUUUGUACUUCUGAUCAUAACGGAUGGUGUGAUAACAGACCUUGAUCAAACUCGAACUGCCAUAGUUAAUGCUUCGAAAUUGCCCAUGUCCAUUAUCAUUGUUGGUGUUGGAGGAGCAGACUUUGAUGCUAUGGAGUUUCUCGAUGGUGACAACGGCGUUCUUAGGUCCUCAUCAGGAGAACCAGCUGUCAGAGACAUUGUCCAGUUUGUGCCGUUCAGGAAGUUCCAGAACUCUCCAAAAGAAGCUCUGGCACAGUGUGUCCUGGCAGAAGUCCCUCAGCAAGUGGUGAACUAUUUCAGCACCUACAAACUGCAACCUCCCAAGAAUCCUGCUGCAAAGUGAAUGGGCUGAGCAGGGGAGCUGAGACUGUGCGUGCUUCGCUUGCUGUAUCUACAGACUUUGGUUCUCAAGAUACUUCUGUAUACGUGUAUACACACACCUCUCCAUGGUAAUGUCUGUUAGCUUUUGCCUGCAAAUCACUUUGCCAAGUGUGCCUUUCAAGGGCCAAAAUUGUAAUUGUGUUAAUGUUUGAUGUUGAUUUGAGAGAGAGGGCUUACAUGGGUGCAUUUUAAUUUGAAAAGUAAGAGUUGGGAAAAAAAAAAAGUUUGAAUAUGCAGAGAGAAGUGGGAGAAUGGCUGCAAGUGGAACAGCUGCCUGUUUGAUAAAUAUUGCCAGUGUGAGUGUUCAGUGACUUUUGUGGAGAUCAGCACUGAGGAGUGCGGUUUCUCAGUUUUACACCAGUCAGAAACGAAAAAGAGUGUAUAUCCCCAGCAAGCAGAUAAAAGUUUGUAUGUGCUUCAGCGAAUUUGGAAUACUUGAGGCUUCUGUGUCUACUAAGCCACAAAACCAAAAUUUUGUCACAGGAGAUGCAUAAUUAGACAAGUGCCAGAACAUAGUGCAAAGGCCCUCCUUGCACGCCUACUUCACAUUUGCCACUUCAGUGCCUUUGGCCAAUGCCUGGGAUUCAGGGCUGUGUGAACAUGAGCCAAACAAGUCAUUAAAGUAUAUAUUCUUUUAUAGUAUGCAAUCUCUUAAGGUAGUACAGGGAUAACUAGAGUGAAUCAAGGUAAUGUCUCAGAAGAGUACUAUUGACCUUUGAGGCUACUACUGUAAAGGCUGUACAGUGUGUUUCAGUGUGUACUGUGCUGGAAAAUGGGAACCCCAGAUUUUGAGUUGGGAGUUUUGUUUUGGGGUUCUUCUCUGUAAAUCAGUCAUGACUAUUGAUUUUUAAAAGGGCUUUUUGUGCAGUGGGAAUUCACUUUUCAGUUAAAAAGUUUUGUCUGAUUUAUUACUGCAUAUUUUCAAGUUAAGACAGUUCUUGAAAGUGCUACCUAAUUUAUAUUGGCUUUGUCUUAGUUUGAUUCAUGCUUUUUCAUGAGCUCACUAAUGAAAAGUGCCUGCAAAAAACCCCCAAUCUUCCCUCUUCCUUCCCAGUAGGAGGAUCUAAGAAAGUCUCUAACCUCUAAUCCUGUAAUCAUACUGUGUUUCUCUAGGGCAAACAAUUUCUGGUUUAUUUUCUUGGCUUGAGUUUUUACCAUUUACACCAAGUGUAAAUCAUGUUGUGUUUGCUUAGGGGACAGAUGAAGCUUUCUUGUCUCCCAGUUGCAUACUGCUUGCUGAGGAUCUCUUCUCAUCCUGUCAGUGUGUGUAACGUAAGUGGAUGUAAAGGUCUCAUUUAUCACCUCCAAAAUGCCCAUCUUGAAUAUAAUUUUGCAGUUUCACAUUUGAAGUAGUUUCAAGUUAGACAUCCAGCUGAUCUGAUUUUGGAUGGUCUAGCUGUAACAUGUAAGAACAGAAUGGACUAACACCAAAUUUAGCAUACUUGGGCACUCAAGAUUACAUCAGGUCAUAGUGUAUGCGACUUCGUAUGUGACUCUCUUUAGUUGCUGGGCAAGUACUGUGUGGUUUAUUUUUUUCUUCCAUACAUGUAUAAUCCUGUCAAAAAUCUGAAUUCACAUUAACGUUGAUGGGUGGAAGAUACGUGUAUUGAGAUUGUCUUGCACAACCUGUAAAACAUACCAAAUGUUUUGUAGAUGGUUGAUUAGUUACCAAUCAUGAAUGAAUAUGUUAUUCUCUACUCCAUUUUCCUUGGUGGAGGGGGGUCCCAAAUAGUUUCAGUAGUGGAAUACUCAGAAAGAGGUUUUGUUUCAUAUUACGCUAAACUCAUUCUUCUUUUAAAUCAAAUUCAUGUGUUUGCUUAUAUAAAAAUCUACAGUAAUCUUUUUAUCAGUGUAGUGCAGAUGUGUUACUACUUUAUAUAUAAAUUAUAAUGAAGUGUCAUGCCAGAUAUGCAACACAAAAUAUUAAGAUCAAGGAAGUAGUUAUAAUGAAUCUAAAUAGCGCUGCUGCAAAUUGACUGUUUCACAGCUACAUGCACCAUGUACAGAGAUAAUGGGAUGCAGUAUUAAUGCUUUGUCUGGAUUCAUUGAUGUGGAUGGGUACUACUGAUAGGAGUACAGGAUACUACUGAAGUUGUCUGAGCUGUCUGCCAAAAAUAUAAUGCUGCAUCUGAGUUCUGUUACCAAUUCUGUUUUAAGUUGCCAUGGAAGUGUAUUUAAAUGCUUUUAAGUAUGUUAAUAGCUACUAUUAUACUAAAUAUCUGCUGCAUAUAAAAUACAUAACCCCCUUUGUAUUCUAUACAUAAAUUCUGAGUUUCUACAGCAGAGAAUUCAUUAUCUCUUAUUGGAAAAGUGCCCCCCCCCCGCCCAGUGUUCCUCAAGCUUAGGGAAUUAAAUAGUGUAUCAACACCACCUACUUCUCAACAUGCCCUAUUCUGUGUAAAACAAAAGUGUUUCAGACCUGACAGGGACAAGAACCAUUUUCCUGGUGUAAUUUCUCUUAAAGGUGUACAGCAAAACAGCCUGUUGGAAAAUUGGGAAACUUCCAAGUUAGGCUGAAGCAAUAUUCUGAGUCAAGGGCUGCAGCAGAUUGAGACAAGGGAGAGGGGAGUCAUUUUGUUGUGUUGCCAUUUUUUGUUUAUUUUUACAUGUAAAAAAUGCCUUAUUAGGUUGAGGGUGACAAAGCAAAAUAUCGUCGAAGUUUUGUAAAGUGAAUGUGUUUGUAGGUCACUUGCACCACCUUGUGAUAAAAGUGAUGCAUAGCAGUCUUCAUAAUCAGAUGCUUUUUGCCUCUUAAUGGUCGUAAUAUAUACAUAUGUACAGCAGAGAAAAAUAACCUGUACCAGAAUUUUUUACUUUCCUAUGUAUUUCAGUUCUGAUGAAAUUAACUGAUUUACAAUGCCUAUGCAUUAAAAACAUACUUUCAGUA